ACAAAAUCAAAAUUCACAGAGAUGAUGAUGAUGUCGGCGGCGGCGAGCCACGUAAGAGUGCUGCUUCCGUUACACCAGCAGGGACGGUCUAUCUCAACCGGAUCGGGGAUUAUUCGACUGAUCCAAACGGAACCGAGGCGAUUCAAGCUGACGAUGGCAACGACUGCGACUGCGAAGUACAAGGGGACGAAGAUGAGAGAAGAGAAGCUAUCGGAGAUGAUAGAGGAGAAAGUGAAGGAAGCAACGGAGGUUUGUGACGCGGACGAGAGAUCAGAGGAGUGUAGAGUCGCGUGGGACGAAGUUGAAGAGGUGAGUCAAGCCAGAUCAGAUCUAAGGAUUAAACUGAAGCUACUCAACCAGGAUCCUCUCGAGAGUGUCUACCAAGAUAAUCCUGAGACCGACGAGUGUCGAGUCUACGAAGAUUAAUAGAUAUAAGUUUACUUUGUAAAAUUUGUUUCCAUUAAGAAAUAAGAAAACUGUUCAUCGAUUCAAUCAUAGUAAUGGUAAUAUGGUAGAUUUAAUAUUAUUAUCUUUAAUCUUGAGUGUAUGAAUAAGGGUAUAUAUAUACA